AUGCGCGUUCCUGAUUCUCGGGGCCCCUUGUCGGAUGGAGCAGUCACGUCGGCACUGAAAAGGGAGACCCAUGGGCAUGCGGUGGCACUGUUGAAGGUCGUGCAGAAGAGGCAACUUCGAGCGAACGUGAUCCACUUCAACACUCUCAUGUCGACGGGUCGAUGGCAUCACUCUCUGCAGGUUCUGUCAUGGAUGCGAACGUGCACAACCCGACCUGACAUGGUGAGCUUGAACACUGCCAUUGCGGCGCAGCCUCGAUGGCAGAAAGGCCUUAGUCUUUGUGCAGGCACCAAGAAGGACGUUAUUUCCUUCAACAGUUUGGCCAGCUCUUUCGAGUGGUGGAGGGCGCGCCUUCUUUUGAGGGAUAUGCGGGCCAGCCUGGUGCGACCUGAUCGUUUCACCGCCACAGCCGUAUUGGGCGGUGACUGGAUGAUGUCACUUGAACUCAUGCAGCACAUGACCCACCUGGCCGUUCUCCCAGAUGUCAUUGCUUCGAACUGUGUUUUGUCUGCCUCCUCCGAAUGGCGGAGCCUGUUGGCAUUGCUGAGCCACAUGAAGGCCUUCGGCCUCCGCCCAGAUGCAGUUUCUUACCGCUGCGUUGUCAGCAGCUGCGAGUGGCGGCAUGCUCUGGCUUCGCGGUGCGAGGCCUCGAUUGGCCCGCUGUCGAAGGCGGCCAAGUGGCCCCUGGCGCUUUCCUUGUCGCCGUUCCGACUCGGCCGAUUCGGGCGAUUCGGGCCUUGGCGCGUGGCCCUGGCACACGCCGUCGCCACGGCGCUCCGCCAGAGGGCGCUGGCCGUGGCGACACAAGGCCUCCAAGGCCUCCAAGGCCUCCAAGGCCUCCCAGGCCUCCCAGGCCAAGGGAACGCCAUGGCGGCGCCCUGGCGUCUGGCGCUGGGCCUUCUGGGCCUUGCAUCCGACGCAUCGGUGGUGGCCUGUGCUGCUGCCAUCAGCUCCUGCGGAAAGGCCUUCCGGUGGCAACGCGCGCUUUGGCUCCACAGCACGCCUUUUGAGCGAGAUCUGGUUUGCUUCACUGCCGCAGUCAGUGCUUGCGAGAAGGGGAAGCAAUGGCAGCACGCUUUCUGCUUGUUGGACAUGAUGCCUCGCAGCCUUGUUACUCCGAGCUGCAUGACUUUCAAUGCUGUCAUCAGUGCAUGUGAGAAGUCCGGUCAGUGGGAGGGAGCACUUUCUUUGCUAGAGCAGGCUGGUGAAGUUGAUGUUAUCACCUACAAUGCGGCUCUGAGUGCAUGUGAGAAGGCCAGCAUGUGGCAGAUGGCUGUGCAGCUUUUUACCCAGAUGGAACAGCAUACGCUUCCCGAUGCCAUCAGCUACAAUGCUCUUCUCCGAGCCUGCGAGCGCGGCAAGAAGUGGCAGCAGGUCCUUCAUUUGUUGGCAGAGGAUGCAACUCCUUGCGGUGCUCAGCUCUUCUCACUUUGCCGGCUGGAGCAAGAUGUGGCAGGUGAUAUGCUUACGGUCCAGCAGGACGUGUCAAAAUUGACCAGAAAUGACCAGGCUCAGAUCGCCUGGCGACUUGCCAAGAUGGGGCAGCUGGCAAUGUUUGAUAUUCCGCUGCCUGUGUUGGCACAAGCGCUGAGAGCGGUUGUUGGCAUCCUGCUUCCUGGUGCGAACAUCUACGAACUGGGCACUUGCCUGUGGUCCAUGGCAGCACUAGGCGUUCACGAUGCAGACUGGCUUGCAGCUGCUGCUGAUCGGCUACGCAGGCUGGAUGAGGAGCGAGGGCGGCUACAGCCGCAGAAUCUGAGCAACAUGAUGUGGGCGUUGGCGGUGCUCGACAAGGGUGGUCGCAAUGUGGAUUUGUUCCGCAGCCUCCAGGAGGAGGUUCUUGAUGGCAACGAGGCCCUGGAUGCCCUGCUUGAGGUCUUGUGGGCCUCCGCCUUCUCGGAGCAGCUUCCGGUCUCCGUGUUGGAGCGCCUCAAGCGGUCCGUGCUGGCCCGCGCGCCAGCGCCUCAAGCGCCUCCCAGGCCUCCCAGGCCUCGCCUUGAGCCGUCGCUCGCGCCGCGCGUGGUCCGCGACUUCCCGGACCGCCUGGUGGUGCACAAGCCCCCGGGAUGGCAGGUCGAUGACUCAGCGCAAGCACAAGUGCAAACCAUGUCCUCGUUUCUGCGACUUGCCGCACCACACCGGCUCAUAGAUGAUGUGAAGCACAGGCGUGGCUUCCUGCACCGCUUGGACGUGCCCACAUCAGGUCUGAUCCUGGUGGCCACAGAUCACAAGGCGUACUAUGAUUUGCAGCUGCAGCUGGCUGGCCGUGAGCUGAUCAGAGACUACGUGGUCCUAUGUCAUGGCUUCUUAAAACCGCGGGGAAUCGAUGCCCCUGUGCACUGGGUGGAGGACGCCCCAGAGUGGUUCGCAUCCAGCCGAGUGCUGGCAUCCGGCAAGCCCGCGAAGACGCGGGUUCUGUCAUCACAGACGGGGCUGAAGGCGGGGGCGCUGAAGGCGGGCGGCGCCCUGAGCUUGGCCUCCGUCCGCAUCUCGACGGGUCGCCGCCACCAGAUCCGUGUGCACGUGUCGCACGUGGGGCACCCCACGGUGAGCGACGGGCGCUACUCCGCGGCCGCCACCUUCCGCGCAGACCUGGACUGGUGCCCCCGAAACUUUUUGCACCGCUACCGCCUCAGCUUCUUCUCGGAGGAAUCCUGGGCACAGCGGGAAGAGGUCAGGGAGCAACUUCCGCAUGAUCUCAGUGAGGCUCUACAGCAAGUGGCACCCAUCGGAAACGAAUUUGCCAAGCCCGCAGAUUGA